GUUGGAAAUGUGCAUACGCCGCCCUUCAUCAUUACACACGCUGCGCUACUACACUCCACAGCAAUUUGCAAUUUCAAUGGUUAUGGAUGAAGAGUGGACACAUUCUUAACAACAUUUAAAGAUAUGAUUCAGGAAUCCACUGUGGCAUCGAUCAUCUCGACGACCAUGAACCAGAGUAGGAAUGUGUCAUGUAAAAUAUCCUAUGAAGAUGACCGCGUUCCUCUGAUGGUGCUCUACAUCAUGGUUUUUAUCAUCGGCCUUCCAGCCAACCUGGCCACGGUCUAUCUCACCCUCCACCAGGUGUGUCGUAAGAACGUCCUCGGCAUCUACCUCCUCAGCCUGUCCGUGUGCGACCUCACCUACCUCUUCACGCUGCCUUUGUGGACGGUGUACGUCAGUAAUAACCACGAGUGGCCCUGGAGCUCCAUGGCCUGCAAAGUGACCGGCUUUGUGUUCUUCAACAACAUGUACAUCAGCAUCUUCCUGCUGUGCUGUGUGUCCAUCGACCGCUAUGUGGCGGUGGUCUACGCCAUUGAGUCUCGUGGUCUGCGCCAGAAACGGAUCGCAGCUCUUGUGGCGUUUUCGAUCUACGUGGUCGUAGGCUUGGGUCACGUUCCUGUCUUCAUGAUGCCUGAAGGCAAUGCUGCCCAAGGAAGUCGCCAUUGCUUUGAGCCCAGCCAGACCUCAGCGGUAGUUGCGGGAUUCAGCUACGCCCGCGUUUGCAUCGGCUUUUUUAUCCCCCUCGCCAUCCUGAUCUUCACUAAUAGAGCCAUUCUUGCCAACGUUCAGGCCAGUACGGGUCUCCAGCCUCAUCAGAAAGAGAAGGUACGCUAUCUGGCUGUGGCGGUGGUGGCGUUGUUUUUAAUCUGUUUCGCUCCAUACCACAUUAUCUUGUUGUUGCGUGCCAUCACCUACCACUUCCCAAAGCUGGCAGAGAAUUGUCACUUUGAACAAUACGUCUACACGCCCUACAAAAUCUUCUUAGGACUGUCGACUUUCAACAGCGCCUUCAACCCCAUUCUCUACGUGCUCUCCAGCAACAAUAUCCGUCAGGAGAUCAGAAAAGUCAUUGCGUCGAUGUGCAACAAAGUCAACGCGAGUCAGCGUUCGACGCACAGCAGCCAACACAACAUGCACAGCUCCAAAAGCAAUUCAGAACUCGUCCCAACAAAAGGCAAUCAAAUGAGGACAACAUGUCCCAGUGCAUGCUAAAUUUUAGAUGCAUUGGACAUUGUGGGGGAAAAUCAAGGUUACAUCAAUACAAUAUCAUCUUGAAGUGAGACAGAAAAAAACAAAGGUGAAUUUCCUGUUGUUUUUGUGGUCUUUCACCUUAAUGAUCUCACGCUAAGAUCUUAUCUAUGCAUUUCACACCUCUAAACCUGCUUCUGCCACAGAAUUCUUCUGUAACACUCAGCUGCUGCAUCUAAAUAUCCUGGACUUAUAUUUAGAGCGUAUUAGAUUGUGUUGAUAAGCACGAACUCAACAGACAGGAAGAGGCAGUCUGACCUGCUUUUAAAGUUGCUCAUUUCCCUUUUUGUUGUUUUCACAUAGCCUAAAUCAGUCAUACCAAAUCAAGAAUUUGCAAUUCUCAAAUUACAAGAGGUACAAAUACCGCAGAUAUAAUGUGGGAUAACAUUCUAUUUACAUGCUACUAAGUGCCUCAAAACUGAUCAGAGAUUUGGUGCCACAAACUGGGCAAAUUAUGUCAAAUCCAGUGACCGGCUCAGUAUCUUGUAAACAUGAUUUCUGAUUCCGAGUGGACUGGUGAAAAUGUGCAGCUGAAAUCACAUAAGGUGUAUCAAGCCAGCCAAUCAGAUUAUAGCUUGCUGUUUUGCACUGUCAGAAAAAAAGUGCAAAAAUUGCACUUUUGAGGCCAUUACACACCAAGCCGACCUCAAAGAACUAGCAGCAGCGAAAGUCGAUAGCAAUCUGGAACAAAAAGAUGCGCUUGAACACACCGCAGACUACAGCCAACUGCAAACUGGGAAACAAUGGCUUGUAACUGGGGCAGAACCCUCAAAGAGAUACCUUUAUACUAUUUUAAGGUAAUAAUAUGCACCCUUUAGGGUUAAAGAAUCCCCUAAAGUGUGUGGGCUAAUAUGUACACUUACACUACCAGUCAAAAGUUUUUGAACAGUACAAUUUUUAAUGUUUUUUAAAGUAGUUUCUUCUGCUCACCAAGUCUGCAUUUAUUUGAUCCAAAGUACAGCAAAAAUAGUAAAAUUGUGAAAUAUGUUUACUAUUUAAAAUAACUAUUUUCUAUUUGAAUAUAUUUUAAAAUGUUCCUGUGAUUACUCGUCACAUGAUUCUUCAUAAAUCACUUUAAAAUUCUGAUUUGCUGUUUAGAAAACAUUUAUUAUUAUUAUUAUUAUUAUUAUUAUUAUUAUUAUGUUUA